AUGAAUUAAUUUACAUAGAUUAUCAAGAAUAAGAAAAUAUAAUUACAGAAAUAAAGGAGUAAAUAACACAAGUAGAGAGUUUUUAAAUUCAGGUUAUACUCGAUAAUAAUGAAUAGUAUAGUUUUAUGGUUGAAUUUAAGCCUUUAUAUUCAUAAUAAUAAGGAAAACUAUUGAAUUAAACAUAGAAGAAUACGGUUUAGCAAUGAAUUAAAACAAUAAUCUGUUAUAAAUGGAUUUUUUGCUAAUUUUAUCAAUACACUUAAUUGUUACAAGAAAAAAUACCUCUUUUUUCCUGGAUUAGAUACCUUGAUAAAAAAAUAGUAAUCUAACCUUUUAUCAAAUCAAAAAUAUAUUAAUGAUUAGAAGUUAAAGUAUUAAUUGAAAUUAUUCAUCCUUUUAAAGUAAUCAUCAUUAUUUUUGGUAGAAAAUUGGGCUCAAUCUUUUUUUUUAUUUUAAUCAUCUAAAUAAAGGGGAAAAACCAUUUUCAUAAAAAAAUAUCUGAGCAUGAUAAAUAUGUAGUUGUAUUAUUCAUAUAUAAGGUGGUUUAAAAGUGAUAUCAGCAAGAAAGGUUAAAUCAUUUUAAUUAUGGCACCAAAUUCUUAAUCAGGGGCGGAGGAUUCAAAGUGCGCUUGGAUAGUUAAAUAAAAAUCUAGGUUGAAGCACAUGGGUAUCGUAUGUGUUUUAUAAAUAGCUAUUUCUUCACUUUUUAAUUAAGGAGAAUCUCAAUUGAAUUACUACAUUAUUUAAAUGAAUCAUUUUUAAAUAAAAGAAUAUCAAAUUUAAAUCUAUCUUAAAGAUUACUCUUAUUUUUCCCUCAUUUGUAUAACAGUUAAAAGAAAAUACUAUUUAAUAAAUGCAAAAACACUUUAAAUAAUUUAGCAUAUUAGGGAAUUAUAUAGGGAUGAUUAGUUCAAAAAUUAUGAAUAACCAAUCAGUUAUCUUUUUAAAUGA